UUCACAGGCCGGGAGCCGGCGGAGGGCUCCUUCCCACGGCAGCUCCUCGGGGAUAAAAGAGCUGGGCCGGGCUGGGCGCUCGGCGUCUGCCCGGUGCCGCGCGAGCCUCGACAUGGAGUCGUACCUGAUCCACGUGAACGGGCACGGGGACCGUCCCGCCGUCCUGGACGUCCACGUCAACAUCGGCGGCGGUGGCCCAGCCCCGGGCAAGGGGAAGGGCCGGAAACCGCGGUGGGCAGUGAGGGCCUCUGAGAUGUCCAAGAAGACCUUUAACCCCAUCCGCGCCAUCGUGGACAGCAUGCGGGUGGAGCCCAACCCCCAGAAGCCCAUGAUCUCUCUGUCCAUCGGUGACCCCACAGUGUUCAGGAACCUGCCCACGGACGACGAGGUCACCCGGGCGGUAAAGGAGGCCCUGGACUCGGGGCGCUACAAUGGCUAUGCCCCCUCGGUCGGGUACCUGUCCUGCCGGGAGGUCAUUGCUGCCUCCUACAGCUGCCCAGAAGCACCUCUGAAAGCCCAGGACGUCAUCCUGACCAGCGGCUGCAGCCAGGCCAUCGAGCUCGCCUUGGCGGUGCUGGCCAACCCAGGCCAGAACAUCCUGGUGCCCCGGCCCGGCUUCUCGCUCUACAAGACGCUGGCGCUGUCCCUGGGCAUCGAGGUCAAGUUCUACAACCUCCUGCCUGAGAAGUCCUGGGAGAUCGACCUGAAGCACUUGGAGUCGCUGGUGGACGAGAAGACGGCCUGCCUCAUCGUGAACAACCCGUCCAACCCCUGCGGAUCCGUCUUCAGCAAGAGCCACCUCCAGAAGAUCCUGGCAGUGGCCUCAAGGCAGUGUGUCCCCAUCCUGGCCGAUGAGAUCUACGGUGACAUGGUGUUUGCGGACUGGAAGUACGAGCCCAUCGCGGCACUCAGCACCAAUGUGCCCAUCCUGUCCUGUGGGGGCCUGGCCAAGCGCUGGCUGGUGCCUGGCUGGAGGAUGGGCUGGAUCCUUGUCCACGACCGGAGAGACAUCUUUGGGAAUGAGGUGAGGCUCCGGUGUGGUCCCCUGGCCUGCACGUCUCCCACCCCUUCCCCUGACCCUGUGCCUUUCCUCCCUGGUGUGCCCACCCGGCUCUCAUGCACACGCCUGUACCCUCUCUCGCCCUCCAUCCUGGGGCUGGGAUGA